CGAGCAUAACAUAGCAAGGCUGCGCUGCCGUCCCCUACCGAGUUGUGUGUUUUCGGUUUUCCAGUAGAGUUCAGGUGGAGUAGCACGUAAGUGAUGCCUGCGUCAAGCAAACGGCUCCUCGUCAUUUCUUCAGAUUCGGAGGACACCGAAGACUCAAGUGUUGAUGUCAGCGGACGAUGUGUAACUGAAACUCCAAUGUGUGGGUCUUCACGGGCAAAGAAAGUAAGAAGGCGGCGCCUCACUGGAGGCAGUUGUAGAGCCUGCAGUCCUGAGACUACGGGUAUCACAUCGGACGAUAUGUGGAGGGCGCUGUCCAGUAUAAACUGGAAAAUGGACAAGAUGAUGGAGAUGAUGUCCGUGAAACUGGGUGAACUGACUGAAGCCGUGGAGAACAUAAAAGACCAAUUGGCUGCGGGAGCAGUAAUGGCAGCAAAUGUGGAACCACGGACUGCACCACAUAUUUCUAAGUCCCUAUCUCAUGAGGUAAAAAGGAUCCACAGGAGUCUGGAGGACGGACACAAAUACAGGGGAAAUGAAAAGUUCACGUCUCAGCACAACUCUGCAGUCACAGACUUGGUCUCGCAGAGAAUUUCAGAUCAGGAGGAAUAUGACCUCUCUUUGAUAAGAAGAGCCUGCAACAGAUACUAUGAGAACAUAAAGAGGGAAUCAAAGUUGACAGAAGAAAACAAAAUGGAAGAGGAUCGGAGGGCCAAAGCCCUCAACAACCGAAGACAUAGACUUUUAAGUUCGCGCCGAUCUGUUGCGCGCUCCAUUUUAACUGAUGAGGACUGCAAAUACCUUGACGGGGCGGCUGCAUGCCUGAUGAGCGACGAGGAGACGGACACCGAAGACAGGGAUACGUGGAAAGUGUAUCCACCUGAAUGGAGGGCAACAAGACUCUCAGACAUUGUAGAACGGUGUCAGCGGCAGCUCGUCGAGCUACAAAAGAUGUCCUGCAGGAUGGUGCAUCGCAGAGUUCCCAGUGGCACAUACAGCAAGAGGCAGCCUCCAAAAGGCAUCAACAGUAUUUAUUUGAAAUGAAAAUUUACAUUGUAACAAAUUGUGUUUUGAUAAAAAA